CCCAGCAGUGCAUCCCACAAGUACCAUCUGCUCCAGCCUAGCACCAUGUCGGCCCAGUCGGACCUCAUUCAUAUCUUCAAUGGAGUCCCCUUCACUACCAAAUCCUCAGCCACUCUGCUGAGAUCCCUCAACAACUUCCAAGCUAGGGAUGAUGACCUUCUGCUGGUGUCCUACCCAAAGUCCGGCACCCAUUGGCUGGCAGAAAUUCUGAGGCAACUCUACAACACCAAAGCCCCCAACAAGGUCUCCAUAACUUCUCCUAUUGAGUUUGGAGAUGUCGGAAAGCUGGAGGAACUGAAGUCCAUCGCUGGCAGGAGGAUCAUCCCAACCCACCUGAGCUAUGACAUGAUUCCAAGUGACUUCAAGGACAGGAAAUGCAAGGCUAUUUACAUCAUAAGAAACCCAAAAGACACAGCCGUCUCCUUGUUCCACUACUACAAAGACAACCCCAACCUCCCCACCAUCGAAUCCUGGCACGCGUUCUACAAUAUGUUCCUAAACGGACAAGUGGUGUGCGGCUCGUGGUUCGAGCACAUUCUGGGGUGGGAGGAGCACAGGAACGAAAUGUCAACUCUCUUCUUGUACUACGAGGCCAUGAAAAAGGAUCUCCCCAAAUCUGUUAGGAAAAUCAGCUCUUUUCUCGGCAUCAAUCUCAGCGACAAUGAAAUCAGUGAGAUCUGCAAAAAAACCUCGUUCGGCGAGAUGAAAACCAACGUGGAGCGAGAGAACAGCGACCCAAACAGCAUGGUGUGCGCUCUAACUACCAACAAGAAGCUCAUCUUCAGGAAGGGGACGGUCGGUGAUUGGAAACAAUAUUUCACGCCCAAACAGAACCGACUGCUGGACGAGGAGUACAAGGCCAAGAUGGAUUCCAGCUGCCUGGCCAAGAGCAUCGUGUACGAGUAGCAGAGCGGGGCCGAUGCUGUUACAGAAUCCCUGUAUGUCUGAGACUAAACAAAAUGUUACAGCCCCCCCAUAGGAAACUAUGCACCCCCAAAUCCUUCCUUUAAUGUUAAUUAGAUGCAACGUUCUUAUUAAUCAGAGAAAUGAAAAGCACUUUAUCGUUAGGGGAACAGUCCAACCCAGGUGUAAUGGACACUUUCCAAUUUAUCAUUAUCUCAGGGCUGACAUUUAGGGCGAAGGCUGGUUGGUUUGAAGCCCCCCCAUUACUGUAGAAGUUGGGGGGCUGUGCUGGUCAAUGGAGCCUCCCUGGUUAAGGCAGAGUCAAGGCUUAGUUACACCUACAGGAAAGAGCCGGUGCGGAUUUAUUAUCUUCCCCCAUCAACUGCCUCUCAGGAAGCCUGCAGUGCUCAUUAUAUUGCUUCCCCAUCCCUGCUAACAUACAGCACUAGCACGUUGGUCCCAUCCCAAGGCUGUUGUUUAACUUGCACUCUCUGCAGUCACUUUAGAUACAUUCAGCUCUGCUUAUGGGCAAAAAUCCUAACUUGUGUGUUGUGUUGCUUUUCUGCAAAACCGGGGAAGAUUAAUGGGGUGAACUGUACUGUUUGCUUUAUACACUGAAUAAACUAUAGAACUUCUUCUUCUCA